UUUCUUCUCGUAUCCUACGCACAAUUGCUUAUACAUCUCUCUCUUCUUUCCCAAUCUUUCUCAUCGUUAGCCUUCUUAAUUUCCACCUUUUUCAUAUAUAGCUUGGAAAUUGAGAAAAUCUGAGGAGCAGCAAUGGCGAAAUCACCAGAGGAUCAGCACCCAGUGAAGGCCUUCGGAUGGGCGGCCCGAGACUCGACUGGCGUUCUCGCACCCUUCAAAUUCUCACGAAGGGAAACUGGAGAGAAAGACGUGGCCUUUAAGGUUUUGUUCUGUGGCAUAUGUCACUCGGACCUUCACCAGGUCAAGAAUGAAUGGGGCAACACCAUCUAUCCUUGCCUCCCUGGGCAUGAGAUCGUGGGCGUGGUAACAGAGGUUGGUAGCAAGGUCGAGAAAUUCAAACCCGGCGACAGACUUGGGGUCGGCUGCAUGGUCGGAUCAUGUCGCUCUUGCGAUACCUGUACUAACAAUCUCGAAAACUAUUGUCCAAAAAUGUUAUUCACUUACAAUUCCACCUACCAUGACGGAACCCCUAAUUUCGGAGGCUAUUCCGAUAUCAUGGUGGCUGACGAGCACUUCAUCGUCCGCAUUCCAGAAAACCUGUCUCUUGAUGCGUGUGCUCCUUUGCUCUGUGCGGGUAUCACUACUUAUAGCCCACUCAGAUACUAUGGACUCGACAAGCCAGGCAUGAACGUGGGCGUGGUUGGCCUUGGUGGCUUAGGCCAUGUAGCUGUGAAAUUUGCCAAGGCCUUGGGCGUCAAAGUCACAGUAAUCAGUACCUCUCCUGCCAAGAAGCAGGAGGCUAUUGAACGUCUUGGUGCCGAUUCUUUUUUGGUCAGUCGCGACCAAGAUCAAAUGCAGACGGCUGUGGGCACAAUGGAUGGCAUUAUUGAUACGGUCUCAGCUCCUCACUCUCUUCUACCACUGAUUAGUUUGUUGAAGACUCAAGGAAAACUCGUCAUGGUUGGCGCACCAGAGAAGCCACUCGAGCUUCCAGUCUUUCCUCUGCUCCUGGGGAGAAAGAUAGUGGGAGGGAGUUGCAUAGGAGGCAUGAAGGAGACACAAGAGAUGAUUGACUUUGCAGGAAAACACAACAUAACAGCAGAUAUUGAAGUCAUUCCAAUGGAAUACGUAAACACUGCAAUGGAACGCCUUGGGAAAGCCGAUGUUCGAUAUCGAUUUGUUAUAGACAUAGCCAACACACUGAAAGAUGCUUAGUCUUCUUGCCCCGUGUGAAUUUUGCUUCUUCGACACUACUCGUUUAUUGUUGGGCGGUCCGAUAAGACGAUCGACUUUUUACGGUUUGUUUAAUUGUUUGUGUGAAGCUUAUUGGGCCCUAGCCUCUGGCGAACGUUGUACUGAAGUCUACUUUACAUGAAUAAUAUUAACACCAUGUUUUGGAAUAUGGUAGAAUCAGUGACA